AGAGGUGGCCACCCAGCCCUGUAGUUCCAGCUGGACCCGUGGGAGGCAGCUCCCGGACAGCCAUGGCCCAGGGCCGACUUGGGUGACCCAGAGAAGGCCAGCAGGUCAAAAGCCACGGGCUGAGAAAGGAAGGGCCAUGUGGCCUUAGGCUGCUGGCACUCCUAUCCCGGAGCACCUGCCACUGCCCUGCGCCUGGCCUCUGACGCCCUGGGCUCACCUGGAAUGAAGUGAGGGUCUGUGUGCCACCUAAGGGACUUGGGCUAGGCAGCCCCUGAAAGUGGGUGAGCACUCCCUCUUGUGGCCCUGCUAGUCUGCUUGGCAGCAGCUGCAGUAACCUGACCCACUAACCACCCCCCCCCAACCCCUUACAGUCAUCUCCAGACCCCUCGAGCUGAUGAGUCUCCAGAGCAGAAGGCGACUACUCUGAGGACCGCGUAGCCCAGAGGUUCACUCCUAAAGUGGUAGUGGAAGCAGGUGCCGGAGGCUGCCCAGCACCUUCCACUGGACCCAACACAGGUGGACACUGCCCAGGGCCUGGCCCCUGCUUGCCUGGCGCCAUGGACUGACUGGCAGUACAUGCUGUCGCCAAGGGGCUUCUUUCUCCCUGGAGCUGCAGGACCCAGUGAACUGUGGGGUCCACCAUGCUGGCGCUGGGCAGUGACUCUGAGCAGAGGAACAGCCUGGGUGGGCAGUGGAGACGGGUGUCCUGGAUCACCUGCUGGGUUGCCCUCUGUGCUGCUGAGGCCCUUCCUAGCUGCCCAUUCUCCUGUAAGUGUGACAGCCGUAGCCUGGAGGUAGACUGCAGCGGCCUCGGCCUCACCACGGUGCCCCCGGAUGUGCCUGCGGCCACCCGAACCCUUUUGCUCUUGAACAAUAAGCUGAGCGCCCUGCCGAACUGGUCUUUUGCCAACCUGUCCAGUCUACAGCGGCUAGACCUAUCCAACAACUUCCUGGACCAGCUGCCCAGCUCGGUGUUCCAGGACCUGACGAAUUUGACAGAGUUGCAGCUGCGCAACAACAGCAUCAGGACCCUGGACAGGGACCUGCUGCAGCACGCACAGCUGCUACGCCACCUGGACUUGUCCAUCAACGGCCUGGCCCAGCUGCCCCCUGGUCUGUUUGACGGGCUCCCGGCCCUGCGCUCCCUCUCGCUUCGCUCUAACCGCCUGCAGAGCCUGGACAGGAAGACGUUUGAGCCCCUGGCGAGCCUACAGCUGCUGCAGGUCGGGGACAACCCGUGGGAGUGUGACUGCAACCUCCGUGACUUCAAGCACUGGAUGGAGUGGUUUUCCUACCGAGGGGGACGCCUGGACCAGCUGGCCUGUACGCUGCCCAAGGAGCUGAGGGGAAAAGACAUGCGCAUGGUCCCCAUGGAGAUGUUCAACUACUGCUCCCAACUGGAUGACGAGAACAACUCUGUUGGCGUGGACGUGCCGGGGCCACCCUGCACCAAAGCCAGCCCAGAACCCCCUAAGCCCAAGCCCGGGGCAGAGCCUGAGCCCGAGCCCAGCACAGCCUGCCCGCAGAAGCACAGGUACCGGCCAGUGAGUGUGCGGCGGGCCAUCGGCACUGUGAUCAUCGCCGGGGUCGUCUGCGGCAUUGUCUGCAUCAUGAUGGUCGUGGCUGCUGCCUAUGGCUGUGUCUACGCCUCCCUCAUGGCCAAGUACCACCGGGAGCUUAAGAAGCGCCAGCCGCUAAUGGGAGACCCCGAGGGUGAGCCCGAAGACCAGAAGCAGAUCUGCUCGGUGGCCUGAGUGAGCGGGGGGCCCCAUCUGGCCCAGGUAGGAAGGGCAGGGAGACAACCAAGCCUUGCUCCUGGGGGUCGGCCGUGCCACCGCCCCCAACUCCACUCUCAUCCCUGGCCCUGCCAGUAAACAGGUCUAGGAAGUUCAUGUCUCCUGGAGGCCACCAGGUGCGGAAGUGCAGGCUCCUGCUGAUGCUCCCCCUGGAACUCCCGGGCCUGUUCCUAAGCUCCUGGCCCAGGGCAGACAGAACGCGGGCCUCAGGAGGAG